GACACGGUCACGGAUAUGGCGGUGCUGACUUCACCGCUUUUAAACUCACCACCGCAAUCUUUUCCUCCAUUCCUCCGACGAACUCGAACCUCCAAAACAACCGUCAUCCGCUCAUCGUCCUCCUCAUCAGUAUCAUCACCGAUGGACCCUCACCCUCCAAAACGAGUCGUCGUAUGCGGCGGCGGCGUCAUCGGCGUUUGCGCCGCUUACUUCUUAUCCAAAAGAGGCGCCGCCGUCACCCUAGUCGAGAAAUCCUCUGUCGCCUGCGCCGCCUCCGGAAAAGCGGGCGGAUUCCUCGCCCUCGAUUGGUGCGACGGUAAGCCCCUCGCCUCCCUCGCCCGCGCCAGCUUCCAUCUCCACCUCUCGCUCUCUCAAGAGCUCGACGGCCCCAAAUCCUACGGCUACCGACCCCUCACCACUCUCAGCCUCACCGUCUCCGAAUCGGAGACUUCCAAACCCUCCGGAAAGUCCAAUUUACCGUCUUGGGUCGACGGGCCGGCUCGGAGCCCCAGAACCAUCGGGACCGCGGAGACCACGGCGCAGGUCCAUCCCCAGCUCUUCACCAGAGCCUUAAUUUCGAAAGCGGUUGAGGAUUACGGCGUAGACGUGGUCAUUGGGAAAUUGGAGACUGUGGGAGUGGAGAACGGGCGAGUUAGCUCGGUGGUUUUGGAAGGAGGGCGAGUGAUUGACUCGGACGCCGUCGUUUUAGCAAUGGGGCCGUGGUGCGGGAAAUUUGAGCUGUUGUCGUCACUGUUCAGAGUGUACGGCCUCAAAGCGCACAGCAUUGUGCUGGAGCCGAAAGAAGCAGAGGCCAUAACGCCUCAUGCGCUUUUCUUGAGCUACUAUCCGUCUCAGGGAGGGAAGCCAUUGGACCCUGAAGUGUACCCCCGCCCCACAGGUGAGGUGUAUGUGUGUGGAAUGACAGCAGAGGAAGAGGUGCCAGACGAUCCGGAGCAAAUAGUGGGCAAAUCGGAAUCGAUAGAGGUGCUGAAGAGGGUGGCAGGCACUGUGUCAAGCCAUUUGAGGGGUGGACAGGCACAGGUGAAGGCAGAGCAAGCAUGCUUUCUGCCAUGUACUGAUGAUGGUGUGCCUGUGAUUGGGGAGGUGCCUGGGGUUAAGGGUUGUUAUGUGGCUACUGGACAUAAUUGUUGGGGGAUUCUUAAUGGUCCUGCCACUGGAGCUGCUGUAGCCGAGCUUGUGCUGGAUGGGAAAGCUAGCAUUGUAGACCUCAGUCCGUUUAGUCCGGCCAGAUUUUGUGGGCGUAAAGGGUCAAGACGUUGAUCUGCCAUACAAGAGUGAGGAAGUUGUACUUCUAUAUGUAAGUUUGGAAAUUCAGGCUUCAACCAAGUCUUUUGUGUCCUGUCCCGAAGUGCAGCUUGCUAUACAAUUAAUUGCAGCGAGAAAGCAGCAGCAGUAGUGAGCCAGCAAGCAACUGGGCGAAGUCUGCAUGACAAAUAAGCAACAGUAAGCAACAUGGUAGUUGGAAAAGUAGUUGGAGAGUAGUGUCAGGAGUUAGUUUGCUGUAUGUUGUGUUAUUCGCUGUAAUUAUUCCCUACUCUGUGAGAACAUUGUAAAGUAAUGGGAUUACAACAUUGCUCGAAUAAACUAUAAACUAAAAAAAAACUAAAAAUCAUGCAUCCUAAA